GUCAGCUAAAUGCAAUGUAAUGUAAUGUAAUUUGCCUAUUUUGUAUCCUGAUGACCUAAUGCCGUUACAUGUAAUAUGUUAGAAUAUAAUAGAAUAUCUUUAUUGUCAUCACACAUCUGUGUAACGAAAUUCAGUUGGCUUCUCUCACUGCAGUACAUAAAUAAGAACACAUCCAUAAAAUAAGUGAUAAAGCAGAGAUAGUAGCAAUAGUCAGGGUCAUCACUUAAAUGCACUUUACCAGAAUGUUAAAAUACAUUUUUAAAGAUUAUUUAAUAAAUAAAAGCUACAAUGUUUAAAUAUAAAUAGUUACUAAAAAUAUCUGUUUGAUACUUAAUAAAUAUACAAAUAGAUAACAUAAGAUAUUUUUGGCUGCAGUCUUUGAUGGGAGGUAGUGUGUUUGUACGUGUGCAUGUUCAAAGUUAUAGUGAGUUUUGUGGUUGGACAGGGAUGGGAGUGAUGGAGGCCACAGCUCUGGGAAAUAAGCUGUUCUUCAGUCUGUUGUUUGGUUGGGCUCAUGUGACUCUGCUGAUCGUGGUGACUCAGUCUCACCUCAUCAUUCACAACCUGUUUGAGGAGAUGAUCUGGUUCAUUGUGCCGAUUUCCUGUGUGAUCUGUAACAACAUUAUGGCCUACAUGUUUGGUUUCUUCUUCGGGCACACCCCUCUCAUCAAGCACCAUGUUGAAGUGGAAGCCGUCCUCCCGCCUGAUGGAGCUUCUGGAAGAGUCUGCAGAGGAGCUGAUUAAAGAGUACCAGGUAAAUGUUCUGCUUGAUUUGUGUUAAAAUGUGUCUGCUGUUCUGUUUGUACAUGGAUAUCUCUAAGUUCAUCUUGCCAUUAUGUGAAAAACCUCUUCA